UUGUUUUGAGGGACGUGCUAGCAGAGGCUGCAGGGUUCUGACAGCAGUCGGUUUGGAGCCGCAGGGGAUGACGCCGACUCCACGGUACUUAUAAAGAACUAUAUCAUCUCGCAUGCAUUCAUAUAGAGCACAGUUAGCUAAUGUGCCAUCAUUUUAAAUUGAAAGGAGAGUGUAGCCAGCGUUUUAUGCUUAACUAUCAGGGUUGUACUGUAUGAGUCUGCGGCUUUGCAGCCAACCGCCGGGUACUGAGAUGCUUGCUUUGUAUGGGCCCUGCUGUAUGGACACCUGGUGCACUUGAUCAUUACUUUUUAACCAUCGCAUCUUUCUGUUUCGUCUCCCUGUAGGUGCUAACUGUGCGGUGUCUACAUCCUUGAUACUUCCUGUUGGUUUUUUCAGCCGGUAUCCACCCCUGCAGACUCCAUGCUGAAGUGGGAAAAGGGUUCUGCCAUCUCUGAACACAGGAAUCCAGAGAGAGAUGCAAAAUGUCUCCCAGUUUAGGAACCUCCUGAGCUGUAGGGGCUGUCAGCUCUUGUGGACUGUGAUAAUACCAUAAUGACUCUAGGACCUCCUACCUGAAAGAGAAGAUAUCAUCCCCUGGUUGGUCUCUGUCCCUGGAGGUAUUCAGAGCUGUCAGUUGAGAACUAGUUUAUCCAGCAGGAAUGAUCUGAGGGGGGCUGAUCCACUGAAAGAUACCUAGACCUCAUGCUGCUACUUUCUCAAAGUGACUCUAUUGAGAAAAGUUGGUGAAACCUACCUAUUUGUGUUUCAAGAAUCUCCUUUAUCACUCCUUCAAGUUUAGUUUUGCAAAAAUGACUUCAGACUGGGGGGAGAAGUCCACAGCAGACCUCAUGAGCAGGUAUGUCUCCAAGGAAACAGGAUACGAAGUUCCCAAGGAGGGUUGGCGGAUCUGUUUGGCACACGAGUUCAAGGAGAAGAGGAAGCCCUUUCAGGCUAAAGACGUCUCGCUGUCCAAUGUUCUGGAGCACGUAGGACUUGGAAUCAGGUGAGACCUUUUGCCCCUCCAGAUGAGACGACUUCAGAGAGCUCUACAGUUCCAGCAGCAGUGUUGUUUUCGUUGACGAUGAAAAAGAUAUUUCGUCAACAAAAACAAAAACAACAACACAGGGGAAUAUAUGUUUAGCGUUUGACUGACAAAAUGCUCAUGAAUUUUGCAACUCUGUUCGUCGUCCACCACCAACGUUUUCGUCUAGUCUUGUCAACGUAAACGCACAUUCGUCUCGUCACAUUUUAGUCAUCUUAGCUAGUCAACGUCACGUCUUUGUCGUGGAAAAAUAUUUUCGCCACGUAAACAACACUGUCCAGCAGGGAGUGUAGUGCAUCAAUGCUACACUAUGGAAACAGUCUGAGUGUAAUAAAACCAGACAAAAAAACAAACCAAGAUGUUGGGAGAUUUUAAGAUUUAGGAAUUUACAGGUAAUAAAAAGCGAGAGGAAACAGGUGGGGUGGAUUUAAAAUAAUUAAUAGUAGAUCUGAAACUACAAACACUUUCAGAGCAUGAAGGGGAACCGACAGAGUCUGACCAUUCAUGUUCUGUCAAAAUUUUCAAUAACAUAGUGAUGCGCAUUUUAAUACAAGCUGUUUUUCUUUUAACUGUGUGGUGCCUGAGAGAGUUUCUCCAUUGAAUUUAUUCUGUGUGCAUGAGAAACUGAGAGGUUUAAUUGUGAGGUGGAUCAAAGUGACCUGAGGGCAGAGCAUUACAGGGUGUUAUUACUGAUGAAUAGUGGAGAUAAUCCUUUUAAAGCUUGGAAAAACAAAUAUCAGGAUCUCAAAUUUGACUCCACUCUUCCUUUGUAGUCGGCUCAGAUGUAUCUUUUUCUUUCCUUCCAAGUAUGUUGAGUUCUUGAACAUAUAAACAUACUAUUUCAAAACUACUUCUCUAAAAUGAUUGACUUGCUAAAUGACUAGUUCUGUGGUCAGCAGAGGUGGCAAUGAUUAGUCAUCCAGUCUAAAAGAAACCCACAUACCUACCUUGAAUUAUGUACAAAGACAUGAAUGAGUCAGCACUAUAAACAGCAAUCAAAUUUAUACCUUUUCAUGAGUUUUACACAAAAGAUUUCUUCCUCUUCAUUGACACCUGUUGGUCUCGGUUUACGCCUUCAUUUACCAAAGCUACCUGGUGUCUUUAUGGUUUAAACCACGUGUUUCCACCUGAGAAGCUGUUGGGCUGCAGUGUCGAGUUUCUCUGCCGACAAAAGAGAAGGAUGUUCAGCUUUAAGAUGUUUGAGGAAAACAGCUUGUUUUCCCAGUUCAAGAAUUCUUUAGUAGAUUAGAUAUAUUCAUUAGAUAGAUUAGUCAUAGUGACUCGAUGGGAAUCUUUGAACUAGUUUAACCUUUGGCUAUGUCUACAGGAAUUAGUGAUGGGAGUAGAGGCAUAACCACAUAUUUUAAAGGGUUGCAAAGUUCUUUUAAGGUUGUGGUAUGGUAUUUGUUGAGUCUAUGAAGUGAAGAUCAUAGAUAAGUGAUGUUUCAUGCCCUCCUGUAGCCAUACUGGCAAUUUUGACUCUUCUCAAAGCAUCCUUUAUAGAUAUAAUAUUAAAUCUAGGUUUGUACUUGAACACGUAAAGUGGAUUUCCUCUUUCACAUCAGCUUGUAGGUCAAGCCGCACAUUGUUUUUAUUUCCCAUGACUUCAAAAGCAUCUCAGCGGUGACGGCAGGAAGUUUGAGAAGGGCUUGCAGACACGAUGCCUCUGCCUGUUCGGUUUGAGUUUUGCAUUUCAAUUAUAGAUUCCCCCCUGCAGGGAUGAAGCAAAUGUCUGCUGCAGAUCUUAACAUCUGUGGAGCUGGUCGGGUUUGUUUUCCCAGCAACCCACUGUCAUCUGAGACACAAAGAAAUGCAGCUGGCCUGCGACUUUUUCCUCUUAGUUUCCAGUUUAACCUCAAGAAUGCUGCUGGACUGCUUCUGUGAUCAGGUCUAUUUUUGGUGGUUUUACUGUAAAUUAUUAUAAGAUACGUUCAAAGUCCAUACAUUUUAACCUACUGACUUAACUUUGCAUAUUUUCAUUUCCAUCAAAGUCCCCAUUUUAAACCUCUGUCUUCCAUUUUACAUCAAAUUCCAUGUGACUUUUAAGGGUAGUUAAAUUGAACCUCCAACAAUGAGGUGUCUAAUUUCUGUGUCACGAGUGGAAGUGGAAUUCAAACACCAAAACUCACUUGACUCUUUCAUAAAUCUGUUGCAAUGUUAAAUGUAAAACAAACCGUCUCCCUCCCCUCUAGGCUUAAACCAACACCAAAAACAAACACUUCAAUCUCAUUCUCAUUCCAGGUGUGUCUAGGUCUUUCAGUCACCAUGGCAACCUUUGUUAAUUAUUGCACCGGAUAAUGUGAUCGCCAUAAAACUGUAGCAGGAGGAGAGUAAUGUUAGAGUGUUCAAACAGGCGAGUCAAUCAUGUCAGGUAGAGAGUCACACCUUCAGCUGUAAAUCUUAUGAGUGAGGAGUGAGUCAAUGUUUGCUGUAAUGCAAAAAAAACAACAUAUGAUUACAAUGAAGCCUGUCUGAACAAGAAGGAUAGAGUACAUAUGAUCCCAUGACAUUAUAAAGGCACAAUAUAAACAGUCUUGCUUCUUGGGUUAAGAUUAUUAAAGCAAAAACAUUCCAAACUGAGCAAACACUGUGGCCAAACAGUGUCAAACGAGUUUGCCUUCUAUUAGCAGAGCUCGCGCCACUCUCAGGGACAAACUUAGACUUGUUUUUACCCUCAAAUGAAAAUGUUGGCAGCUGAGAAGUCUUGUUUAGUCCCCGAGGAAGCUCAGCAAAUGCUAUCUAUCAGACAUGCUUAAAUAAUACUAGACAUCAGUAUUGGAAAGAAAAAAAAAGGACACGCAUAUUUUUGAGUUUAAUCAAAUGAAGUUGAACUAAAAAUAUCAUCCGAAUGAUUCAGUCUGUUCAAGUACAGAUGGCUGAAAACUGAUUUCGUUUCUCCCUUAUUUUGUUUAAUAUGAGUUUGCAAACCCGGGUCAGGAUCAGGGUCAACACUGUUGUUUGCAUUCCAGACGAGCUACACAACAUCAACAUGAUAACAGCAUAACCAGAUGUGGCCUCAAAUAGCUCCAUCCCAUUCAUGUUGACCUGAGUGAAGCGUUUUCUGCGGACUAUUGUUGCGUUGCCCUUCUGUGCACUUUUUGUUGCUGUACUGGCAUACAGAGCAGCAGUUUCAUGCAUUUGCACGGGAUCUCCUCCACAAAAAGCAGAUGGCCUUUUGUGGCCAAAAUGAUUAUUUGUGAGUAAACGAGGUUGUGAUGCUGUUUAAAAGGCUGCUGGGUUACGACCUCGUUUGACUUCUAACAAAGCAGGGAGUGUAGAGAUGAUCAUCUACGCUCAUAUUCAGUUUUAAAGACACACAAGGCUUAAAAGGAUAGUGAUUACAUGCUCCCCACGGUGCUCAUAUUCCAAAGAACUACAUUUUUAAGCUUCUCUUUCUUGGCCAGUUUGGAAAUUUCUACCACCCAUUGAGAAAGAGGUUUCAGAAGCCUGAUUGGCUGCAUCUGUUUGGCUUAUAAGCAUAAAAUAAAGUAUGCCUGAUAACAGAGUUCAGAGUAUAAAUGCACAAAUAUUAAUCUCAUUUGUAAUGUAGCCUAAUUAUACAAUAAAUUGGCUUGACACACACACACACAGUCAAAAUCACUCCAAUGAAGUGGAAAGUAGCUGGUCUGACUUCACUUCCCUCUCUUACAAGUGCUUCCUUUAUGCCGUUGCACAAUUCCUCCCUUUGUGUGUCUGUGUGUGUGUUUGUGUGUGUGCAAAUCAACUUUUUUUCCCCCCAGCUUUCGUUCAAAAUACUGCAGAGUGAACUCGGACAAAGAGCGCACUUUGAUUCACGGUGUUCAUGUUUUUUUAUGGUUGAUUUAAAACUCAUUUGAUAAUUAAGAGAGUCCUCAAUCUAAACCCAUCCGUGCAUGAAUGCAGAUCAGAGUCCAGACUCCUCAAAUGCCUGUUUCACCUCUCCCUUUGAGACUGUAUGGUGACCGGUAUACUGUAUUCUGUCUAUGUGUUAAUGCAGGUAUCUAAAAUGGUGGUACAAGAAGACCCAGGUGGAAAAGAAAGCCCCAUUCAUCGAUAUGUUUCGUGCUCAGCCUUUACGACAAAUAUACGGUGAGUUUGGGUCACUCUCAGAUGUAUUUUCAAUUUCCGGCUGAAGUUGAGAGGGAUAAGUAACCUGAUUGGUAAAUAUUUCUGAGUUUCAUGGAAAAUUAGUGUGAUUUUGAGCGAUAAUUCUGUCUAAACUUUGACUAAAACCUUCCAAAGUUAAGGUCCUUAGGAGUAAUUUGAAAGAGUGCAACAAAAACCUGCACAGAAAUAUUUUUGAAUCUCAUAUUUAAUAACUUGGCGCAACAAUGGAAUACGAGAUAACCAUAUGUUUAUUUAUACAUUUUAAAAUCAUGUCAGAUUUGACCUUUUACAAGAGUUUAUAGCUUUUUAUUGUGCCGCUCUUUACUACCUUCUCUCUUUGUUUUAUAGUUUGUUUAUAGCUCCUUUUGUAAUAGACGCCUCUUGAACUUAAAGCUCCAGUAAUGAGUUUUUGUUGGUUGAGUGGUCGACUGGAGGUAAUACCAGUAUUUCCAUAUGGGCUGCAAAAGUAAACCCACUGGUAGGGGGUCAGUGUCAGACAUUGUUUACAGUUGCCAUAGCAAAGCGUCUUCAUGAGUCAUGCAUUUCAUAAUAUGAUAAAGCCGCACGAUGUCUUGUUUUAAAAAUAGGACUUAUUCAUGCACUGGACAAAACCACUGAAGGAAUUAGGGGGCUCCAUUUUUCCACAGAGGGCGCCAUAAUCAACACUUAACUUAAACUAACUUCAAGUUCCGUACAGCAGCUUUAAAAUGAAUGGUGUAAAUGUGGGGCUAAAAGUCUAUACUACUAAUAGUAAUAAUAAUAUAGUCAAUUGCAGAAAGUAUGCAUGUUUGUCCUCUUCAUUUUGCAAUUAAUUGUGAUGUAAAUUAGACAAUCCUACAAUUAAUCAAGAUUAAAGAAAUGACUUGUUCGUGUCUUGCAGGUGCUCCACUUGGUGGUAUCGGAGGAGGAACUAUCACGAGGGGAUGGAGGGGGGAGUUCUGCAGAUGGCAGCUCAAUCCUGGAAUGUACCACUACAAAACAGUCACAGCAAACCAGGUACAGGAUCCUGCACAGACAGAGACCUGCUCAAGUGUUUUUUCUUGUUUUGUUAAGUGUAUUCUUGAACACUGCCUACUGACUUAUUUACAUCUCAGCAAACAAAGUCCAACAAGUCCUCCUUCAGCUUGUUAAGUAACUGUUUGCAUGGCUGAUAAGGAGUCACUUAUCUCUUCCAUAGAUCUGCUUCAGGUGUUGUAAAACCUCAGAUGGACUCAUUUACCAACGGUUCCAUGCUGGUCUAUAUUUAUUGAUUUAUUUUGUUGUUUUUUUCCCAAUUCUGGCAAAACUUUAACUGCUAAAAAUCACAUUCAUUUACUGCCAAAGCUGCAAUAUUGGAAUCUGAGUGGGGAACAAAUCUGUUGUAAUGGAGACCCAGAUAGCAGAUUCUUCCUUGUGAAGACAGAAUGCAAUGUUUGGUGGAGUGUGACCCUAUUGUGCACUGGAGUAAAGUACCCUCAGGACACUCAAGUGUUUUUCCCUUCAAAGAUGAAAUAACUGGAAGUGUAAUAAAGUUUAGAUACUGGCCUGAGGGUUACUGGCCGGCAUUCUGGGAAACAUUAGACUGUAAUAAACCAAGAAAUAAAAGGGAUUUUAUGUGUUUGUUUUCCUUUCUCUUUCUUAGUUCACAGUGUGCUUGCGGCGCGGCGGUCAAACGGUUUACCAGCAGGUGCUCUCCAUCGAGCGUCCGCCCACAUUACAAGGCUGGAACUGGGGGUACUGUGGAGAAUACGCUUUCUAUCACGCCCUUUACCCCCGAGCAUGGACUGUUUAUCACCUGCCAGGACAGAACGUGACUCUUACAUGCAGACAGGUGUCGCCAGUCAUCCCACAUGACUACCAGGUAACUGAGGCAUCAUGGGAACUUCAUUCUGUCCAACAUGGUCAUAAUGUCCUGUACAGAUUUCUAUCCUCAUCAGGUUAAGUGGUUUUCUUAAACAGAGAGAUACAACAAUUAAAAUCAGCUGAUUAGAAAUAUAUCACAAUAGUGUGUUUGUUGAUAAAUACAAGUGUUGACGUUUUACAAGUCAGUGUUUAAAUUAUAUUGUUUGACUACUAGAUAUGAUGUCAAUGUGAUGUUUAGACAGUAAAUCCACAUGACUUUGCUGUGUGUAUUACUCCUUGUGAUGGAAAAUGUAAACAAGGGCUGUCUUACUGAUCACAGGACUCCAGUCUGCCUGCGGCCAUUUUCGUGUGGGACAUCGAGAACAAGAACGACUACGCUCUGGAGGUCUCCAUCAUGUUCACUAUGGUCAACGGGUCAGGACACAAAGACGACAAGAGUGGGGGACACUGGAACGAACCUUUUCACCUGGAGAAAGACGGGGAGGCCGUGUCCGGGGUCUUAUUACACCACUGUACUACAGUGAACCCUUACACUCUGUGCAUCGCCGCCCGAGAACAGGUUUGAUUUAAAACCUUCUGAUUCAAGCAGCUCCAGGGUUUAACUUUAUGCAGAAAAUUGCACAAAUAGUUCCUGAGGAAUAAACAGGAUUAGAAAAACAAAAAGUCCAGUGGGUUUAGAAAUCUGGGGUCUUAAUGAGUAUUAAGUGUUGGAUUUAAAAAGCGUAUGUGUGUUUGUGUGUGUGUCUUAACAGCCUGACAGGGAGGUCAGUCACCAGACGGCGUUCAGUCCAAAGGGAACUUGUAGCAGCCUGUGGAGUGACCUCAUCACAGACGGGCGGCUGGACUCACCUACAGGUUGGUGGAGAAUGGAAGUCACAGUAGAAAUAAGUCCAAAACGAUCAUCGACUCAACAAGUAAACAUAAAAAUAAGUAGAAAGAAGAGAAAAAAAGGGCUGUGCUUGUACCUAGUGUUCAAAUACUUCUUUUGUUAGUCCGACCGAAACAGCACUUUAAAAUUAUAUGUUAAAAAAGUUGAACCAGAAUUGAUGCGUCAUGAACUACAGCCUCUAUAUGUAAGGUGCUCAGACCGCCAGUCCAUCAACCCCUGUACUUACUUUUGUUAAUACAUUGGUUCUCGCCUGAGGCUCGUAUACCGCUGAUUCAGUCAUAAAGAUUUAGAGCAGGGACUUUUGCAAAUGGGCAGAUCGCCCAGGAUGCACUUGUGUUAAAGGUGUAAACAGUCUUGAGUUGGACAAGCUUACAUCUUUAGUACCCUAACCUCUCUUGGUUCUUCUCUCCUUUUUUCCUCUGCAGGUUCCAGCCCACCAACACCUAAGGGAGAAAAGGUGGCAGCAGCGUUAGCGGUCAGCUGCUCAGUUGCAGCUCAGGGACACAACACUGUGGAGUUCUGCCUGGCCUGGGAUAUGCCCAAAAUCACCUUUGGCUCCAGGGAGAGGGAACACGUCAGGUACAACAAACACUGACUUUAAACUCUUUGAUGAUCAUUUGUCACACAGAAAGAUAUCUUUUUCUUCUUUGUCUGACUGGGCUGAAAAUUUUGAAAAAACAUUAAACAAAGCACUUGAUAUUCUGUCUUUUGAGGAGAUCACUGCACAUUUUAUUGUGUAUUUCUGGUGCAAUUUCUGUGUUUUCUCCUUUAAGUCUUUUGUAGCCAAGUGGUUAUUUGGCCAAUUUGAUUCCAUCCAGCAACUUUAGCUGCAUGUAUUGUGUGUCUGUGUGUCCUCAUCUGCUCCUGUGCGAUAAAAUUCACAAAAUGCCAAAAUUACCAAAACAAUUUCCACCCUCUGUCAUCUGUGCAGUCCUACCGGUCUGAUGAGUCUCUGGUCCUGAAGGUAUUACAGUUGCAGUUCAAGAACUUCAAACCAGCGUUUUUGUGUUUUCUUUCCCUGCUUUGGUUGUUUGCCAUUGUGGCGCUGGUUACCACAGAAGACGUGACAAGCACUCACGGAGUUUAUUCAGGUUCAGCUUGUUCUACUACUCCAAAUGCUGCCAGAAAAAAAGUCACAGAGCAAACAUGGUCAGCUAUACAAAGUUGUGUUGAGACACAGUGAAACAAGAUAGGUAGAGAUGAUCUCAUUUUUUAAACCGUUAAAGCCAUUUGUCUGUCCCUAACCCUGUAGUCUGUAAAUUUCACUGCAGAGAGUGUUUCAAAUAGUUGUACAGAAAGAGAUCUCACCGAUUCUACUUCAACCAAAAGGAAAAAUCUUUUGGUUCCCAAGCUCAGCUUUAGAUAUGCUUUUGCAUCCUACACAACUGGAAAUUCAACAUUUUUCUUCAUUAAUUCUUUGGCAUAUGACGUCUACUGCAGCCAAUCAGCAGGGGGAGCUCCAAAUGUUUUGGUUUCACUUUGAGGGAAGCUGUCACAUAAUUUAUUUUUCUAUACAACGUGUAUUAACUCAACUAAAAGCAUCUAAAAUAAAAUGUCUCCCUUUUUGAUCACAACACUCUUACUGUCUUCCUCAGAUUGUUUAUUUUUCUUCUCUUUCCAGGAGAUACACUCGUUACUUUGGGAGUAAAGGGGAUGCGUCCCCUACGCUUAGUCACUACGCACUCACACACUACAGACAGUGGGAGAGGAGCAUCGAGGAGUGGCAGAGACCCAUUCUGCAGGACAGGUAGCUCACAGCUCUACAAGUUAAAUAAAGGAUAAAAACUUCUUUCUUGAUAAAAUAUAUCUUACUUUGUCCAUUUCAGCUCUCUCCCUUCGUGGUACAAGUCGGCACUGUUCAACGAGUUGUACUUUGUGGUGGAUGGAGGAACUGUGUGGACAGAGCUGCCAGAGGACACUGAUGUUAGCGGCGGUGUUCGCAGCGAGGAUGGCGGGCUUCCAGCUCAGCCUGAUGUUGUCAAGGAGUACGGACGGUUUGCUUACCUGGAAGGUGAGGGCCAAAGAAACAGACAAACAUGGCAGCUUGGAGUUAAAACUAUGAAACUUAAAUCUGUGAAUCUUAUAUUUACAGUUGGCUAAAACAAAGACUAUCAUUUUAAAUUAGUGAUUGAUUGUUUUCCAGGUCAGGAGUACAGAAUGUACAACACAUACGAUGUGCACUUCUACGCUUCCUUUGCACUGGUUAUGCUGUGGCCUAAACUCGCGCUGAGUUUGCAGUAUGAUAUCGGUGAGAAAUCUGCAGUUUUUUAAGUGUUACAUGUGUGAUUUAAAAAGACAAAGUGGGCUGGUUUAAAAGUACGAAUCUCUCCUCAGCUGGCAGUGUGGUUCAGAAGGACCCGACAGAACGGCUCCAUCUAAUGAGCGGGCGGUACUCUCCUGUUAAGGCCAAAAACGUGGUCCCUCAUGACAUCGGGGACCCAGGUGGGACAGUCUUCAUUACCUAAAGCUCUUUAAGAGAUACACAGGUUUUUCAUGGUUUGUUUACGUUUUUCCGGAUUGUAAUUUUGAGUCGACUCUGACUUCCUGUAGAUGAUGAACCCUGGCAGAGGGUGAACGCCUACCUCAUCCAUGACACUGCAGACUGGAAGGACUUGAACCUGAAGUUUGUCCUACAAGUUUACAGGGACUUUCAUCUUACACAGGACACCCAGUACUUGAAGGACAUGUGGCCUGUUUGCCAGGUAAAACUAGCCCUGUCAUCUUGGCCACACUUAAUUAGAGAUGAAUACUUUCUGACGUUUUGUUCUGUGACAGUGAUGCAGAAACCCCAUCUCACUGGAUCCACUAGAUAUAUCCGUUUUGCUCUGCUCACAUAUUUGGCUCUUGGUUUGCCAGGCCGUGAUGGAGUCAGAGAUGAAGUUCGACUUGGAUGGAGAUGGACUGAUUGAAAACUCUGGAUAUGCCGACCAGACCUAUGAUGGCUGGACAGUGACUGGACCAAGGUGAGAGGAUAAAAAUAGAGGAGAUGCCUUAAUUGUAACUUUUUAGGCACUAUAAUCAAUGAAAUCAAUCAGAGAAGCAAAAUAAGUGACAUGCAGUUACUGUAUCAGAUCUAUUGCCGCUAGUCAAAUAGUUGUACAACUGCAGGACUCACUAUGUCGUGCUAACAGGAAUCCAAAUCUUCCCCUCGUUAGAGAUGUCAUGUUAUUAAGCUUUUUUCUCAUGUGAUAUUUUGUCUACUUGUGUCUCUCAGUGCGUACUGUGGUGGGCUGUGGUUGGCAUCCCUUUGUGUGAUGUGUAAGAUGGCCCAACUAGUGGACAGUGAGGAGACGUACCAGCGAUACAAGGAUAUUUUGGAUCGGGGCAGCGCUGCUUUUGACAAACUACUGUGGAAUGGUAUUUGCUGGCACAUUUUUCCCGUUAAAAACAAUCACUUCUGUCUCUUAUGUACUUAAAAAUGCCUUCUCUUUGUUUUUGUUUCAUGAUCAGGUAAAUACUACAACUACGACAGCAGUGGGAGGGACCUUUCUAACAGUGUCAUGUCUGAUCAGUGUGCCGGACACUGGUUUCUGAAAGCAUCCGGGCUGGGAGAGGGAGAUUAUCAGGUGAGUUCAAACAUGAGUAAGUAAGUAUCAUCACAUUAUCAAGGGACAUCAGGGUCUUUGGAAAAUUUUAGUUUUUGCUGUCACACUAACACAUACAAAUUGCUAGCGUGUGGACUGGGCCUAAACCUCACUUCUCGUCUACCUGCAGGCUUUUCCGAAAGACAAAAUCCGGAGCGCACUAAAAUCAGUCUUUGACCUGAAUGUCAUGAGCUUCGCCGGAGGUCAGAUGGGAGCAGUAAAUGGUAUGCGCCCUGAAGGAGUCGCUGACCGCUCCAGUGUUCAGUCCGAUGAGGUCUGGAUUGGAGUGGUGUACGGACUUGCAGCCACUAUGAUCCAUGAGGUAAGUUUGGGAGUGGAUGACCGAUAGUUUCACUGAAUCCUGACAUUAGAAAUGAUGACGCAAACUAAAAAGGUACACAUCAGAGCGAAAUGUACAAAACUCUCUGUUAUUAUUAUUUUUCAGGGUAUGUAUGAGGAGGGUAUGCGCACAGCAGAAGGUUGUUAUCGGACUGUGUGGGAGAGACUAGGCAUGGCCUUCCAGACUCCUGAAGCGUACUGUGAGAAGGGCAUCUACCGCUCCCUUGCAUAUAUGAGACCUCUGAGUGUGUGGGCCAUGCAGCUGGCCCUGAGCACUUCUGCAAAGGACCAGAGCACGUCAGCACAAAAUGGAGCAUCAGACGGAGAGCAGGGACAGGACUUGGGAGUAAACCAGAGCUAGGAUCCCAGAAUUACACUGUUUAGUGAUAUAAAGCAGGUUCCUCUUUGAAUCAUCUUCAGACUCCCCAGCAGCAACCAUCCUCAUGUGCACCCCAGCUCCCUCACAAAUGUGAUCUGAGAUGGACCUUGAAUUUGUUUCUCUAGUGUUCAUUUUACUCCAGAUGUCUCAUUAUUUGAAGCUUGAUGUCGGCUUCAUGGUUUUAACUUGACAAAAGCAGUAGCUAUUGUAGGUCAUAUUAGAUACAGAGUGAGAGUUUUUACGAGGCUGAAAAUGGUCCCUGAUUUUUUUAAAACUGCAGAGCCAGGCAGCCAGUCAAUGUCGAAGUUAUAGCCAGUGAUUCAGAUGUCUAUACGCACUACAUUUCCAAAUCAUAUCAGAAUUCUGGUUUUCCUCUUGGAGCAUUUUUAAAUGCUUACCAUUUAAGGACUGUUGAUUAUUAUACCAGCCACAUAUUAUUGUGUUAACCAGUUAAGCUGACAUCAGUUGACCUUUGAAUAAAGCUGUAUAUGAAUGAUGUUUCAAUCAGAAAUAUGGUCACUUGAAAAGUGUAAUUUUAAUUUGAAUGCUGUAAUAUGUGAGGUAAUAUUUGAUGAGUAGUAUUGGAUUUUCUGUUAAAUAGGAUUUGGUGCCUUGCUGCAUGUUGACUUGUAUCUACAGUGUAUUAAUGUAGAGGCAACAUUUACCCUUUUAUAAAAUCCAGUACUCAUGACAAUCAUGUCUAAUAAAGAACUGAAUGAGGUAUAAUUGAAGACUGGCUUUAAUGUA